AAGGGGGAAAAAGAUGAUGGAAAAGGGGAAAAGAGGGAAGAGAUGGAGAAGUUGGGAUGAUGCAGAGGGGAAGGAGGAUUGGGGAUAAUCCUGAAGGUUUGGGAUAAUCCCAGGAAUGGUCACAAAUCCAAUGAAUGGGCACAGAUCCCGUUGGAGAUUGGGAAUGGGCACAAAUCCCAGGAAUGGGCACAGAUCCCAGGAAUGGGCACAAAUCCCAUUGGAAAUUGGGAACGGGCAAAAAUCCCAGAAAUUGGCACAGAUCCCAUUGGAGAUUGGGAAUGGGCACAGAUCCCAGGAAUGGGCACAGAUCCCAUUGGAGAUUGGGAAUGGGCACAGAUCCCAGGAAUGGGCACAGAUCCCAUUGGAAAUUGGGAAUGGGCAAAAAUCCCAGGAAUGGGCACAGAUCCCAGGAAUGGGCACAGAUCCCAUGGAGAUUGGGAAUGGGCAAAAAUCUCAGGAAUGGGCAAAAAUCCCAGGAAUGGGCACAGAUCCCAUUGGAGAUUGGGAAUGGGCACAGAUCCCAGGAAUGGGCACAGAUCCCAGGAAUGGGCACAGAUCCCGUUGGAGAUUGGGAAUGGGCAAAAAUCCCAGAAAUUGGCACAGAUCCCAUUGGAGAUUGGGAAUGGGCAAAAAUCCCAGGAAUGGGCACAGAUCCCAUUGGAGAUUGGGAAUGGGCACAGAUCCCAGGAAUGGGCACAGAACCCAGGAAUGGGCACAGAUCCCAUUGGAGAUUGGGAAUGGGCACAGAUCCCAGGAAUGGGCACAGAUCCCACUGGAUAAUGGAAAUGGGCACAGAUCCCAGGAAUGGGCACAGAUCCCACUGGAUAAUGGAAAUGGGCACAGAUCUUGGUCCUGGCACCAGAAGAGACAUUUCAGGAAUUGCAGCCGAACUCCCAUCGAGCAGCAGGAAAAGGCUCUGCAGGCAUUAAUUAGGAAUUUAAUUGGGAAUGUAAUAAGGGAAUUGUGGCCAGCACAGCGGGGUGGGAUGGAAGGGACCAGAGGGAGGGGACAGGGACAGGGAAUGGGGACAGAAAAUGAGAUGGGAAUGGGAUCUGGAUUGGGAUGGGAGCAGAGUGACAGGAGUGGGGUGAGAUGGGAAUGGGCUGGGGAAAAGGGAGUGACAGCGGGGAGAGGGGGAUCCUGGACAGGGGAAAACGAGGACUGGGAUGGGGGGACAUGGGGACAGUGUCAGGACAGGGGGUCCUUGAUCAGCUGCCCCAGAAGCUCCCCCAGGGUCUCCCAGUGCAGCCUGCGGUGCCCAAAUCCUUGA